GCAAUCCCGCGUGCGCGACUGCUCUCCCGCUUCGCCUCUUCAACCUUUUCUGCUCCUUGCUUCCUUGCUGCAGAAGGGCUGCGUUGCGUAAAGGCUGUCUUUCGGACACUUGGCCGCGGUUAUUCGCUUCUCUCUUGUAUAUAUCCGUAUAUGCUUUUUUUCUUCUUCUUCUACGAGCACGCACUCCGGCAUUUUACGCUCUGCGCUGCUCCGUUUCACUCUCCUUUCUCUCCAAGAAUCAAGGCAUUUGCAUCUGCCGUUACUAGCUCUGCGAACACAUUAGCUUCGGCAAUCUUGACACAGCUCGGCCUUUUGGUUUCUUCAACUUUGAAUAGCAUAAACGUUGAUCGUUUAGUUGCCGCAGGCCUUCUUCCAACAAGCUUGUUCAUUCCCUCUCUCUCAUUUCUCUCUCUCUUCGUAUCGCUGGUGUCGCCCCGAGACAAACUUCGCUUGCGUCCAAGACACAGCAACGAAACAGAUCCGGACUCCGCCUUUUCUCUGAACACACGUGUGACGACAGAAGACUGUCACAGACCCGUCGCGAGAGUCGGCAACCGACAGCUCGCAGCCACAAACUUUGCGCUCCGCGUACCUACAUGCGUUGCGGCCAACGCACAUGACAGCAUACCAAACAAUCUCAAUCUCCAACAAUCACCUGGCGUGAACCACCGUUGCUCUCUUUUCCUUCUGCCUCUCUCUAUCUCUCUUCUUUUUCUUACUUGUCACCUUCAUUUUUUCUGCCCCUCCGGCAUCCCAUCUCCACGCUGAUCAGCUGUCGUCAACUCCCAAAAGUCACCUUCCAGCUUGAGCUUGGAUUCACAUCGACGCCGCAGCUCCACCACCGGCACAGCACCCGCACAAAGUCCCCUGUGCAACGUUCCUAGCCGUUUGCAUCCAUCAUCGGCCCAGCUCUCUGAAAUAGUGAGCGCUGGUCACACGGCGUCAUAUCUAGCAGCCAACUGCCAUAUCGGGCUGUGGGCUUCUCAUCGUCGCUCACCUCAUUCCUCACCAUUCAAGCGGCUGCCUCAUUCGCUUGCGGUGGCCACAAGUCAUACAGCGUGAUUCCAUAUCGCUCUUGCUCUUGUUCUUAUCUGAAUCUACUUGUCUCUUGCAACGUCAACAAAACACUUCUUCAACCACCGCCACAAUGUCGCUAUCACGAGCCUUCACUACGCGCAAGCUCAAGCUGGGCUCUGACGCCGACGGCAAGAGUCCUCAGCGCUCGCACACUCUUCGCCACAAGAUCUCGGCUCCUGUCCAGCUCGUUCAUACAACAAACAUGCUCUCAUACAACGCGCCUGACCUGCCUCGAGUGCCUGGCCGCAACAACUCUAGCGACCUGCCUCGCGUACCUGGCCGCAACAACUCCAGCGACCUACCUCGAGUACCUACACGCAUCAACUCUUCGAAAUCUCUGACCGAUUCUGACAGCGUCGAAACCACCGAGUCGACCCCGCCAACCAGCCCGGACGUUGCUCAAGGAGAGCGCUCGCCUUCUCCCAAGCCGAAUCAUCUCUCGGGAUACUUCAAGCCCGCCAAUGCGAAACCCGCGGCUGCAGCGCCAGCCGAGCCUGAGCCAACUCCGGCUCCAAUGAUUCCCCAGCGCUCUCCCACCCACACCAAGAAGAACUCGGUCGAUGCCGUCGCCAGGUCACGAUCCAUUACGCGCAUUUCUAGAGACUCCGAGUUGUCGGCUGCGUCCAGGAGCCUCCAGGCCUUCUCCUCUCGCUCUCCGUCUGUGUCAACAAACUCUUCGGCGCCCUCUUCAGCACACUCUUCAAUGCACUCCUCGGCGCAUAAUUCGUCCAUCUCGAGUCGCCUCGCGAAACAGCCUCUAGCUCCCGCUUUUCCUCUGGCCCCCGCGCCCACUACCGUUUCUGCGGCUCCUGCGGCUCCUGCAGCCUCGUCUGUGCAACCUUCUAAUGCAACGAGGCGCCACGUACAAAAGGAUUCGAAUCCUUUUGGAGCAGAAUUGGCCCAAGUGACGGAGCUAGCGGAGGAAUUCAGCUCCAGAAGCCAACGGGAGCAGAUGGACGAAGAUGUGGAAUACAUGCGCUCCAACAAUCUCGUCAGGCUACGCACCGACGACUAUCUGAGAAUGGUUCAAAGCCUGUCAUCCAUCUUCUUGUCUGAGCCCAGUCACUCUGCUCCCAAAGCCGCAGCACCGCUCUGGAUUUAAAUCGCAUACAAUUUACGAAAGAUGAACAACAUACAAAAAAAAAAAAAAAAAAAAAAAAAA